CUUUCCAGAUUUUUUAAAGCCAUUAAGAUACAUCAUUGUCCUGUUGGGUUUGGCAACUCUGAAGAUGACAUCAUUGUGUGUUGUAAUCCUGCUGCAGAGGAAGGCUGAAGCAUGAGGCCCACUGAUGAAGAUGAUGCUACAGCAAAGUACAAAAACAUUGCAUUGUCUCCCGUUUGUGUUGUGAGCCAGUCAUAAAAAUUGGGGGCUUGUCCGGGAUUUGAAUCUGGGACCAUCAAGUUGAAUAAGCAAAUUUAACAUGGUUAAAGUUUAAUCCACAUGAGCUAUAUGAACCCAAAGAAGAAACCAUAAAGAAGGGCAAGUAUGAAAAGAGGCGAUGAGUGGAAGGGCAACUGAGUCGUCAGUCAGGAUGUGGGGAUGUCGUGAUCUGUGUUUUCUGUGUCUACUGUGAGUUUCUGUGUUUUCCGAGUCUCCGUGUUGUCCUGUCUUCCCCUUGGUUGUUCCCAGGCGUGUCUCGUUCCCUGAUUACCUCCUGUGUAUUUAAUGUCACCUGUGUCUCUCUUGUGAUAUGUGUGAGCUGUUGUACCGUCGUCCUUCGUUUCACCAGUUGCUACCAGCGUUGAGCCCUGGCUUCCGCUCAGCCAUGCUGCCUGGGAUUUUGGACUUUGUAUUCCUGGUUUCUUCAUUAAAAUCAUUUUCUCACUCCUACCUGGGUCCUCAGCAUCUGCCUCACCACCAUGAGUCUCCUAGUACUCCCUCCGAGUCUCCUAGUGCCCCUUCCAAGUCCCCUAGUGCUCCCUUUGUGUCUCCCAGUGCUCCCUCGUCGCCCCCUAGUGGUCCCAGUGCUCCAUUGUUGCCCCCUAGUGCUCCACCCGAGUCUCUGCCUCCCAGUGCUCCACCCGAGUCCCCUCGUGCUCCUGAGUCUCCACCCCUUUGUACCUCCUCCUCGUUGCCCCCUAGUGCUUCCUCCUCGCCUCUCAGUGGCCCCAGAGUUCCCCCGUCACCUCUGCGCCGACAUCGCCCACCGGACCCGCCUCCUGUGGCCUGGCUCCUCCUCCGUCGUCGCCCACCGGACCUCCACCGAGGGGUCCGCUGUUGUCCUUGGUCGGAGCUGCUCCGUGGACGUCCACCGUGGGUUCCGUCUCCUGUGUCUCCGCCCACCCUUUUUGAUGUUGGACUCUGGCCCCCUGCCCCACCCUUGUGUUUUUGAUUUUGGACUGAUGUUUUUUGGGGGGGC